UAAUCUGUGUACAUCUGUCAAAGUUUCAAUGGCGGACGUCCUCUCAUUCGGAUCGUAACAAAACAUAUUUUCACAUUUCCACCGAUCGAAUACAACUCGAACGCUACAUGAAAUUGAUUUCCACCGUGUGAACAACUGAAACGGGGUAUUAUAAUGUCCACUGUCGUGUCGGACUGCUUUACAAUCGGCAGCAUAGUUGCUACGCGAACAUGUUACAACGAAAGUAUCGAAGGAGAGGUUCUUGCGUUUGAUCCGCAGACUAAGAUGCUGAUACUCAAAUGUCCAUCUUCGAGCGGUAAUCCCAAACGCCACGACGUUAAUAUUGUGAAUCUAUCGUUGGUUAGUGACGUGCAAAUCAAAAGAGAGGUGACCACGGCGCCCGAGCCUCCACAAUCCCUCAAUCUUCACAGAUUAAACACACGAGUUCGAAAUUCAAUAGAGAAUAAGAGAAGAUUAGUAUCAGCACUCUCAGCAUGCCUAGACCCUGAGGGUCAACGCUUGUUCAUGGCAAUUGCUCGCGUUAUAGACGAUGUCUCCUGGGCCGGACAGAACAUCCGAGUAUAUAACGAAGUUAUUAUCACACCUCCAUAUAAGGUCGACAACGUAAUAGGUGAGAAAGAUUCCAAACCUUACAAUUAUAUAAAGAAAUUCGUAGAGCGGCACUGGCGUGAUCACCGCGACCAUGCAGGCCCCAACUCGAGCCAACACCAGUAGACUUUAAUACUAUUUAUUGAACAACACGUCAAAACGCUAUUUUGAAAAACUAAACAAAAACCAGGUAGUAGAGAAAAAUCUUUCAUUUAGUUUAGUCAAAGUAUUUACAUACUAGCUUCUGCCAGCGGUUUCACCCGCAUCCCGUGGGAACUACUUCCCGUACCGGGAUAAAAAGUAGCCUUCCUCGAUAAAUGGGCUAUCUAACACUGAAAUAAAUUUUCAAAUCGGACCAGUAGUUCCUGAGAUUAGCGCGUUCAAACAAACAAACACUCAAACUCUUCAGCUCUAUAAUAUUAGUAUAGAUAGGCCUUUGCAGGCUCUUAUGAAACUUCACAUUAAUUAAUUGCAUGGUUCCAAAAAGUUGGUCUCAUGGAGAAGAGCCGGCAAGAAACUCCAUAGACACUCUUUUAAAGUAUUAUUUUCACAAACAUUCUAUUUAAAAAUCAUGUCAGUUAUUCGGAAGAAAAAAAUGUUUUGUCCCCCGUUUUCAGCUUUACAAACACUGACAGUCUACACUAGAUAUUAUUCUUCUUAAAAAAAAAAAAAACUGAUCAGUGUCAUUUCCUACCUUGACGUUGGCAAAAUCUUCGAUAUAUCAAAGAAGGAGCCAUAAACAAAAAUAAGAAGUCGUUUUUUUUUCGAUGUACUGCAAACUAGAAAUCUUGGUAGCCUAGUAGGUAACAAACCAACGUCUCAAGUAUGAGUAUGUUUGAUCCCAGGUCAGGCAAGUACCAAUGCAACUUUUCUAAGUUUGUAUGUACUUUCUAAGUACAUCUUGGAGACCAAUGACUGUGUUUAAGAAGGCAUAUUAAGGUCCCGGCUGUCAUUUGAAAAUCUUUGAUAUUUGUUAUGGGUAGACAGAAGCCGGUAAAUAUGACAGUCUUAUCAAGACGUAUUUAUUGUGUUGUGGUCAACUUGCAGUCUAGGUCAGGCUGUCAGAUUUACUGGCUUCUGACUACCCGUAACGACUGCCAAAGAUAUUCAAAUGACAGCCGGGACCUACAGUUUAACGUGCCAUCCGAAACUUGCUAAAUAAUAUUUAUUUAUUUUUCAGUUCAUGAAUUUUUUUUGUCGAUUUUGAAUGCUCCACAACCAUUUAAAAGUCUAUAUUUCGAUCUUACCAAGAUGUAAAAAUUACAUUUUUUGUUUUUUUUGACAAUUUUUCAAAAUGGCGUUUUGACAGCAAAUUUUCUUCAGUUUGACACUGAUAUUACCACCAAAUGUGUAUUUUCUGUACUAUUAAAAUAACUGAUUUUGAAUAAUUUCAAUAUUCUUAUUCAAUACAUUUUUUAAAUUAUUUUUUUCAAUGAAUUCUCCAUAGUCAUUUGGUAAUUUUAGUCAUCCAAAAUUAUAUUCAAUAUCAGUUGUUUUAAUAAAUACGAAAGAAAUGAAUUAUUGGUACAGAUAAAAUAGAGUACACUUGUAUACAGGAUGGUUUAAAAAGCAAUAUUUAAAUACAGGAUGUAGACAACAUUCUUUUUAAUGAACAUCUUAAAAUCUUGAUGAGUGUCCUAUUUAUUUUCAAAAUUAUUAGUUUAUACAUCAUGUUUGAUCCUUAUAUUGCUUUUUCAAGCACCCUGUAUUUUAUCUGUAUCGAUUGACAGUCUAUUUGAGCCCAAGGUAUAAGAAUUCCAAAAUUAUGUAUUGUUUUUCAAAUUUGAAAUCCAAAAAAAUAUUGUUUUCCCUUUCUUUCUACAAAAUUCUUAGUUUUCUUCUAAACUCCGAAAGACAACUUGCAGCUGUCUGUACCUUUUUGGAUGAAUAAAGUUCAAUUUUGAAAUGAUUUCAAUUUGAUUAGGUUAGGUUGGUUAUAGAAAUUCACCAUAAGCGCUUAUUUUCAACCAUUUGUUAUCUUACUUGCAGCAUUUUAAAAUUAAUUUUAAUUUAAUACUCUUAAAGUAAUAUUUGGUCUUUCACAAAUAUUAAUAUAGUAUAAAAACUUAUCAAUUCUUUCAAUAAAAAGAUAUUUUACCAAUUUUACGAAAUAUUCCGCCAUCUUCUUUUAGCUGUCAAAAUUUACGCGCCAUUAAAAAUCUGAAGUUUAGUAAUUCGUUCAAAAUUGAACUUUAUAUACAAGACAUACAGUUUAACAUCUUACUUGGAGUUAAAGUAUAUAGUAAUACUUUUUAUAUAUUGUUGGAUUAAGUAAUAGUGAAAAAUUAUUAAAAAAAAAACGAAAAACUUG